AUGGAGUUUUUUGAGUAAUUCAAUAAUAAGGAAAUUACAGAAGAGCAAUUUGUAGAAUAGUUGUAGACACUAACUACAAAAAUAUAAAAGAAAAGCACAUUGUCUCUAGAAUAAAUUCUUUAAGUAAAUUAAUAAAUAGAUAAAAUCGAUGAUUCAUGUUUCAAUUCUAAUGUUGAAUUAUUUAUUAAAUUUGCACUCUAUUUAUCAAAUAGAGGAGUAUAUGAACUUUUGUAUCAAUUGAGUUGGGAUAAGAUAAUAUAUUAAAAAGAUAAUACAGAUGCAAAUUUAUUAGGAUUAUACAUUAUUAAACGUGUAUAUCAUUCUGAAAAUCAUAAAGUCCUUAUUAUCUUUUUAAAUGAGUAAUAUUAUUAUUGAUAUUUAUUAGUAUAUUACGAUAACAAAAAACAGUUGAAAAGAAAUUUGUUCUUCUAGAAAUAUUUGUAUAAAUACUUCCCAAAAUAGAAAAAAGAGAAAUUCAUUUAGCAGUAAUAUUUCCUGUUAUAUUAAUUGUUAUCAAUGAAGGAUUACAAAAAUACUUAAAAUAUAAAUAAUAAAAAAUUCAAAAUGAUUUGAAUGAAGACAAUAAAUUCACUAAAUUGUACAUGAAUCAUUUUCAAAAUUGGACUGUCUCAUUUUUCAAAAGAAUAUUUGAAUCAAUUAAAAAGUUUCCAGAAAUCAAAAUCUAAUCUGUUGCUAUACGUGAAUUAUAUGGAAUUGAUACUAAAUAUGAUUACUUUGAUAAUUAAUUAAGUAGAAAACCUGAAGAUCCAAAAUUAAUAGUAAAACAUUAUGUUUUAUUAUUUUUAUCUGAUUUAAUUUAAGGAAUUUUAGAAUCUGAAUAAUCUAUGAAGGAUUCAUAAUUAGAUCCAGAAGUUAUUUAGACAUUACUUAAUCUAACAAAUUAAAUGAUUUAUGAUAUUCAUGAUAAUAAAUUGGAGAUUAUAGAAAAUUAUAUAAACUGGAUAAGAUUUAGUAUAUAAUUUGAUUAAGAAUUACCACAAUAAUAUUAACAUUAUUCAAAUGAAUAAACAUACAAUCCUGCAUUUGUAUGUUAUUUAACAAGAGAAUUAUUAACAAAUAGUAGUUUGGAAUAAAUAUUAACAGUAGAUUAUAAAUUGAAAAUUUUAAUUGGAGUACUUUAUGAAUAAAAAAAACUAACAGGUUUGAAAUGUGAUAUUUAGAGCAAAUUAAUAGAAUUAAUAGUUAAGUAUUUAAAUUUAAGAGAUGUUUCUAAUAAAUUUAGAGCAGCUAAUCAUUUUACUACUCCAUUUGAUAUUAUUAUUAUGUUAAUAAUGGAAAAGGCAGGAUCAGGAUUGGCAGAUGAAACACCUUACAUUUCAGCUUGGAAAUAAGCAUAAUCUUCAUUCAUACCUGAAGUAUGGACAAGAAUAUUAGAAUAAUGUAUAAAUAAAUCUCAAAAUUAUGUUUUACUUUCACAUUUAGUAAAUCAUUUUAGAAGUGCUAAUUCAAAAUUAGACAAUCAAGUAUUAUUGAAAAUAUAUGAUAUUCUAAUUUAAGCAAUAUACAAAAAAGAAUCAGGAAAUAUUGAUGCUAAAGUUUUAUUAUUUGAUUCAGCUACACUUUUAAUUUAAUAAUUGGUAAAAUAUUUAUAUAAUUAUUAUAUUAUAGAAUUUGAAAAAGGCAGAUUUGUAAAAGAUAUUUGAAUUAAAAUGGAAACCUUUAUUAAAGAAAUACGAAAAAGAUUUACAAUAAUCUAUUGAUUAUUUAGAAACAAGAAAGAAAGAAGGAGAUGAAUAAAAAUUAAAGGAUGAUUAAGUUUUUUAGGCAAUUUUGGGAUAAGAAAGAAAUUUAAAAAUUGCUUAUUAUAAUUUGAGUAAGGUAUUGGAGUGA